AUGAACAGGAAAGUGGCAGUCGUGACGGGGACGAACAGUAACCUCGGUCUUAACAUCGUGUUCCGGCUUAUCGAGACCGAAGACGCUAAUGUCAGGUUGACCAUCGUGGUCACGUCGAGGACGUUGCCUCGAGUGAAAGAGGUCAUCGAGCAGAUCAAGGACUUCUACAAGAACAAGUCAAAGCGGGUUAAUGACUUGGAGAUAGAUUUCGACUAUCUGUUGGUGGACUUCACCAACAUGGUGAGCGUCUUGAACGCGUACUACGACAUUAACAAGAAGUACGAUGCGAUAAACUACCUCUUUGUUAACGCAGCACAGGGCAUCUUCGAUGGUAUCGACUGGGUCGGCGCGGUGAAGGAGGUCAUGACCAGCCCAUUAGAGGCAGUGACGAAUCCGACGUACAAGAUCCAGCUGGUGGGUGUCAAGUCCAAGGAUGACAUGGGUCUUAUUUUCCAGGCCAAUGUGUUUGGUCCGUACUACUUCAUCACCAAGAUCUUGCCUCAGUUGACCAAGGGCAAAGCGUACAUUGUUUGGGUGUCCAGUAUCAUGUCCGAUCCCAAAUAUCUCUCGUUAAACGACAUCGAGCUAGUGAAGACGAAUGCGUCGUACGAAGGGUCCAAGCGAUUAGUUGACCUGCUGCAUUUGGCCACCUACAAGGACUUGAAAAAGCUGGGAAUAAACCAGUACGUGGUCCAGCCCGGUAUUUUCACGAGUCAGUCCUUUUCCAAGUACCUAAAUUUUUUCACCUAUUUUGGCAUGUUGCUCCUGUUCUAUUUUGCCAGAUGGGCCGGAUCUCCAUGGCAUAACAUCGACGGGUAUAAAGCUGCAAAUGCACCCGUGUACGUGACUAGGUUGGCCAACCCCAAUUUCGAAAAGCAGGACAUCAAGUACGGUUCUGCCACUUCAUGGGACGGUAUGCCAUACAUCAAGACCCAGGAAAUAGACCCUACCAAUAUGUCAGACGUUUUCGCUUAUCUACAGAAGAAAAAGUUGGAAUGGGACGAGAAACUGAAAGACCAAAUCACAGAAACUAGAAUCCCCAUUUAA